AUGUCUGUGUCUGUGUCUCUGUGGUGUGAGGAGGAAGUCCAAGGCCAGGGAGCCCAGCAGGGCCAGGCCAGGGGCCAGUCACAGCUCCGGGCCCCCUGGGACCCCAGCGUGUCUGGGCAGCGGAUCAUCCAGAGGCUGCUACAGGUGGAGGAGAGAUAUCUGCCCUCCGGCCUCUACGUCGCCCUCAUCCAGAGAGAGCCGGAGCGCAGAGAGGAGCUCGCCAAGUGGGUUAUGGAAGUAUGCUGUGAGCGUGGCUGUGACGAAACAGUGUUUCCCCUGUCUGUCUCUAUGUUGGACCGCUUCCUGUCUGCCUCCCUGUCUCUCCCUGUCUCACCCUACUGCCUGGCUGCAGCCUGCGUCCUCAUCGCCUCCAAACUAACAGAGUGUGACACAAUCUCUGCUGACUCUCUUUGUGCUGCAGCUGAGUACAGCUUCCUGCCCUCCAACAUACGGGAGAUGGAACGUGUCAUCCUUGCGACUCUUCGAUGGGACGUUGCUGCGGUAACCCCUCAGGACUUCAUUCCACAUUUCCUUCCCCCUGUAGGGGAGAGGAAGGAUGGAAAGACAGACACAGAGGAGUUCUUCUCCACACUGCGUCGGCAUAGUGACACCCUGGUUGCCAUGUGUGUCUGCGACUACCGUUUCCUGGGAGCCCCUCCAUCUCUGGUUGCUGCGGCAGCGCUGAACUCUGCCCUCCGGGGGUUGGGCAACAAGGGUCCAGGUCAUCUGGGUCAUAUGAGUGCUACACUGGCAGAACUGUGUCAGACUGACCUGAUGGUGUUGCAGUGUUACAGUGAAUUGAUAGAAGCUGCCCUCAAACAACGGCUCAGAGGUGGACUCCAAGACAGUGCCAUGGAGAAGGAUGGGGAAAUAGAGGAUGAAAGAGCAGGCACUCCUACUGAUAUGAGAGAGAUUGAUUUCUAA